CCUGACGCCGUCUCCACGACAGCCCCACUUUGGACUUCUCAGGAUUACUUGAAAAUGUUUACGGGUCCUGCCAAGCAAAAAAAAAAAUAACUGAGUGAACCAAGUUAACUAAUCAUGAGAAAACAACUCAUUGAUCCACGGGACUGAAGACAACAGAAGAGCUUCACUUUUUAAAACUUUUUUUUAUUACAGUUCAUGCUGUAAAAUUACGUGGAACUACAAAGUGUGUCGUCUCGUGGGACGUUGCUUUUUUAAGAAAACCUCUAAAAAAAAAAAACACGGGCAUUUUAAUAUAAGUUUAGUCUCCUGUCAAUAUCGCGUUUCUCACGAGUUACAACUUUAUUUGGGGAUGUUGAGCUCCGUGAAGAUGGAAUCUCAUGAAAUUCCGGAAUGGAAUGCUUUCUACAGUGAGGCAAGUGAGAUGUACUCCUCUCCGAGCGCCAUGAACUCAGUGAGCAGCUUGAACAGCUACAUAAAUCUGAACUCGGCCUGUUCCACAUCCAGCAUGAAUAUGGGCUAUCCCAGCGCAGGUCUCAACAGCAGCCCAUUGAGCAGCAUGGGUGGAGGCCCCAACCACAUGAGCCUGUCCACUGUCGGCUCCUCUCUGAACCACAGUCCUCUGACUCAGCUGGGCUCUUCUGCCUCCUCACUGGGUCCCCUCUCGCAUUACCAAAGCAUGGGUCAACCAAUGUCCCAGAUCAGCUACUCCUCUCCUACCUCUCUCGACCGGACUAAGGAGAUGCCCAAGCCUUACCGUCGCUCGCUGACCCACGCCAAGCCACCGUACUCCUACAUAUCCCUCAUCACGAUGGCCAUCCAGCAGUCCAACAGCAAGAUGCUGACGCUCAACGAAGUCUACCAGUGGAUCAUGGAUCUGUUCCCAUAUUACCGCGAGAACCAGCAGCGCUGGCAGAACUCCAUCCGCCACUCUCUGUCCUUCAACGAUUGCUUCAUCAAAGUGGCGCGUUCCCCCGACAAGCCCGGCAAGGGCUCCUACUGGGCGCUCCAUCCCAAUUCUGGGAACAUGUUCGAGAACGGCUGCUACCUGCGUCGCCAGAAGCGCUUCAAGCUCGAGGAGAAAUCUGGCAAAAAGAGCUCGGCGAAGUCUCAGGAGGGCGGCAGCAGCGCCAAGGGCGGCCACAGCGGUGAGGGGAUUGAAGAGGAGCACAGUCCCGCCACCGGCUCCGAAGGUGCCGACUCUGCCCAUUCCGACAGCUCCCAUGCCUCGGAGGAGCAACAGAGGAGCCUGGUGCUGCUGGAUUGCCCGUCUCAAGCCCCCAGCCUUUCGCACAGCUCGCCAGUGCCAAUCCCGUCAUCGGUGUCCUCCUCCAUGCCCCUGUCCGGCUCGCACCUGCACUCUCAGGGAAUGGGCGGCAGCCCUCACCUGUUGGCCAGCCCGAUGCAGCACCUGGAUCUGCAGAACGACCCACUGAAGUCCAUGGACCCCCACUACAACUUCAACCAUCCAUUCUCCAUCACCAACCUCAUGUCCAACGAGCAGAAGAUGGACCUCAAGUCGUACCAGGACCAGGUGAUGGCUUACAACAGCUACACCACAACUUCCCCGGUGGCCACCAAACAGAUCUAUGACAGCGCAGGUCCGUCCGCCAUUGACUCUGGUGCCUACUACCAGACCCUCUACAGCAGGUCUGUCCUCAAUGCCUCCUAAUGUGUUUACAAGCCAUUUGAACUCUACAGACUCUCAAUGGCAGGACUCUUACAUCUUCAACACAGAGCUAGCUUUGCCAUUGAUAACUAAGCACCGGUUCCUGCACUCUUAAAAAUAAAGGGGGUUUUCACAGUGAUGCCACAGAAGAACCAUUUUUGGCUGCUCAAAGAACCUUUCAGUGAACAGUUCUUGAAGUGCUCAGUGUGACGAAUCUUGAAGGUUUCCAUGGAUGAUAAAGGUUCUUCAUGGAUCCAUGGCAAUAAAUAACCUUUAUUUUUAAGAGUGUGCUGAGAAAAGUGCUUUUGCCAGAACCAAGGAAUGAGUUCCGAUGUUUUUUAUUUCCAGAAACGAAUUUAAUUAACAUAUAUACAGGAACUAAACGUUCUGGUUUCGGAUGUAACACAGAAGAUGUAUACAAAUGAUGCCACGUGUAUAUACUGUUUUGGGGAAGCAGGGGUCAGGCAUUUAUUUAUGAAGGGAAGAAUUUAAUAUAUCUCGCAUAAUUUUUGUGUUGUGAAGUUACGUUAACAAUGUGAUAAGAAGAGGACGUGAGCGUGAUUGCGGAAGCGUUUGAGUUCAGGUUACUGCUGUGAGCAGGUGUUACUGUGUUACAGGGAAACUCUCCUGUUUUGUGUUACAGCAUAACGCAUGUUCAGUUGAAGUGCACUAACAUACAGUGUACGUGUACGGAGAGUGUGUAUCAUUAUGCUUGUCCCUAUAGAGAAACAGAAGAAAUUACUUUUUUUACACUUGGCCAUGAAGUCAUUUUGUAUAUUCUGAAGAGUUUUGUGUUAAGUAUAAAUAGAGAUAAAAGUUUGACAAAGACGGAUAAAACUGUGGUAAAUCCAACUAUUUGUUUUACAGACUUCCCUUUUUAGAAAUACUGGCAAUAACAUUCAUGAAAAAGAGGUUGAAGAUGUUUCACUGUGUGCCUCAUGGUCUGUUCAGCUGAAGCUGUCAGUAAGAUCAGCAGACAAUGCACUAUAAGGGCCAUUUCCAUACAAUACUUGCACUAGUGACCUCUCUGUUCUUCACUGCUGGGCAGGGGUGAGAUCGUUUUGUUACAACAAUGCUUUGUAACUACCUUUUUAUCAGAAAAUCAUACAGACCCUACUGAAUUUGCCAUGAUGUAUUUUUGUUAGAUCUCGUCAUUUAAAAAUCUCCCAAAAAGCCAUUUUGAUAAUAAAAACUUUGUCUCAAGCCAUCAUGUCAUUUACAAAUUUCUUGCAAGUCUUUUUGAAAUUUGUAAGAAAGCAGGUCAGAAUUUAUGUUCUUGUACUGUUUCGUUUAUUUAAACCCAGCUUUUUGGCCAUUGGGCUUAGAAGAUAAGUGUCUUAAUAUAUAUAUAUAUAUAUAUAUUGCUUUAUUUGGUUGAUUGUUUCAUGGUAUGUUCUUAAAGUUUGUUAUGUUCUUUUCUUAUUAAAAAAAACCUCACACAUC